AUGCAGAGUGUUGUUCACAGAGACAUUCCGCGCUUUCACAUUUCAUCUUUCUGGAUCCUGGCCCACUGUGCGGUGCCCGGAGCGCCGGCGCCGCGGCGCCUCAGCGCCACGAACAGCUCGGGCAAAGAACAAAACAAAAAGCGCGCGGCGGCGUCGGGAAGCUCAGCGAAGCGUUUAUGUAGCGCGGCCAGGAACAAAACGCGUCGGGCGGCGGGGCCGCGCGGCCGUUCCACCUGCCGGCGCCCUCGCUUGCGCCUUCGCUUGCGCCCGCGCGAACAAGAACGGCAUCGGAUGGCCCAUAAAGCGCCGCUGUUGGCGCGUGAAUCUACACAUUUGGCUAUUGUUUCUGAUGAGAACUAUACUUACUACUCAGCGUAUGCAAUGUUGGAGGAAGAGGAGGUGGUGGAGAAGGAAGUUUGUCUCGUUACUCUCUCCCUUUUUCUGACAAGAGAUCACAAUGCUACAAGACUACGUGCGUCUUCCUGGCACUCGGCUUCCACCACGCCGCCUUCGCAAGGAGCCCCUCUUGUUUUCUCCGUGUGCUGCGAAGAUGACAAAUGCAUCGAGGAGGAGUGCGUGGGGGCGGCGGGCGGCCUCUGAAUCCACAGUGCGUCUCUCUGCGGCUGCCAUCGCUACGCCGCGGAAACCGGUACCAUCUGCACAGGGCAAGCGGAUGAGAAUUAGGAGCUGUUAAGCGACCGUGUUUAUAGUGUCG